UUUGCUGCCAGCGGCGUGAGCUUCGGCCGCCAUUUUACAACAGCUCCACUCGCGCCGGACACAGGGCGCCGCGAGCACGCGUCGCCCACAGCCCCGGCUCCUCGGACACGAUUCCUCGGCCGCAGCCCGACGGGGAGAUCUCUGGAAACAUGGCUACAGAACAUGUUAAUGGAAAUGGUACUGAAGAGCCCAUGGAUACUACUUCCGCAGUUAUCCAUUCAGAAAAUUUUCAGACAUUGCUUGAUGCUGGUUUACCACAGAAAGUUGCUGAAAAACUAGAUGAAAUUUACGUUGCAGGGCUGGUUGCACAUAGUGAUUUAGAUGAAAGAGCUAUAGAAGCUUUAAAAGAAUUCAAUGAGGACGGCGCACUGGCAGUUCUUCAGCAAUUCAAAGACAGUGAUCUCUCUCAUGUUCAGAACAAAAGUGCCUUUUUAUGUGGAGUCAUGAAGACUUAUAGGCAGAGAGAAAAACAGGGGACCAAAGUAGCAGAUUCUAGCAAAGGACCAGAUGAGGCAAAAAUUAAGGCACUCUUGGAAAGAACAGGCUACACACUUGAUGUGACUACUGGACAGAGGAAGUAUGGGGGACCACCUCCAGAUUCCGUUUAUUCAGGUCAGCAGCCUUCUGUUGGCACUGAGAUAUUUGUGGGAAAGAUCCCAAGAGAUCUAUUUGAGGAUGAACUUGUUCCAUUGUUUGAAAAAGCUGGACCUAUAUGGGAUCUUCGUUUAAUGAUGGAUCCACUUACUGGUCUCAAUAGAGGUUAUGCGUUUGUCACUUUUUGUACAAAGGAAGCAGCUCAAGAGGCUGUUAAGUUGUAUAACAAUCAUGAAAUUCGUUCUGGAAAACACAUUGGUGUUUGCAUCUCAGUUGCCAACAAUAGACUUUUUGUGGGCUCUAUUCCUAAGAGUAAAACAAAGGAACAGAUUCUUGAAGAAUUUAGCAAAGUAACAGAGGGUCUUACAGACGUCAUUUUAUACCACCAACCAGAUGACAAGAAAAAAAACAGAGGUUUUUGUUUCCUUGAAUAUGAAGAUCACAAAACAGCUGCCCAGGCAAGGCGUAGAUUAAUGAGUGGUAAAGUCAAGGUCUGGGGAAAUGUUGGAACUGUUGAAUGGGCUGAUCCUAUAGAAGAUCCUGAUCCUGAGGUUAUGGCAAAGUUUUGCCUAUUCUCAAAUGUCAUAUAUUGGAAUCAUACAGUAAAAGUGUUGUUUGUACGUAACCUUGCCAAUACUGUAACAGAAGAGAUUUUAGAAAAGGCUUUUAGUCAGUUUGGAAAACUGGAGCGAGUGAAGAAAUUAAAAGAUUAUGCUUUCAUUCAUUUUGAUGAACGAGAUGGUGCUGUCAAGGCUAUGGAAGAAAUGAAUGGGAAAGAUUUAGAGGGAGAAAAUAUUGAAAUUGUUUUUGCUAAGCCACCAGAUCAAAAAAGGAAAGAAAGAAAAGCUCAGAGGCAAGCUGCAAAGAAUCAAAUGUAUGAUGAUUACUACUAUUAUGGCCCACCUCAUAUGCCCCCUCCAACCAGAGGUCGAGGGCGUGGAGGUAGAGGUGGUUAUGGAUAUCCUCCAGAUUAUUAUGGAUAUGAAGAUUAUUAUGAUUAUUAUGGCUAUGAUUACCAUAACUAUCGUGGUGGAUAUGAAGAUCCAUACUAUGGUUAUGAAGAUUUUCAAGUUGGAGCUAGAGGAAGGGGUGGUAGAGGAGCAAGGGGUGCUGCUCCAUCCAGAGGUCGCGGGGCUGCUCCACCCCGUGGUAGAGCCGGUUAUUCACAGAGAGGAGGUCCUGGAUCAGCAAGAGGCAUUCGUGGUGCGAGAGGAGGUGCCCAACAACAAAGAGGCCGCGGGCAGGGAAAAGGGGUCGAGGCCGGUCCUGACCUGUUACAAUGAAGACUGACUUGCUAUGUGAGAUUACACCAGAAGCUUGCAGUGGAGUAAUGGUAAGGAAAUCAAGCAACCUUAAAUAUCUCGGCUGUAUAGGAGCAUAUUCUAUUGCAGAAGACCUUCCUCUGAAGAUCAUGGAAUCAAAUACAGGACAUUGAACUAAUACUUGGACUUUGAUAUGAAUUUCUUUAACAAUUUUCUCUGCAGUGCAAGUUAUUAAACUAAAGCUAUUCUAUUUUCCAAAUGUGUUCCAACAGAAAUCCUUCAUAACCUUUAGCAUGGUAUCUUAAUAAAGAAUAAAGUUCUCUUUAAAAAAUCUGCUCUAAGUAGAUUUUUCCCCUGAUUUCUUAAAUUAAGGAUCCCAGCAGUGGUUUUCUGAAAUAUUCUCUUGAAUUUGUUCAUUUAAAUUUUAUUGCAGUGGCAUAGAUGAAUGCCACUGUUGGUAUCCAUUAAUUUUAUUUCUGCUCACCAAGGUUAAUCAUGAUUGUCUAUAUCUUUUUAUAGUAAUCACUUUUGAAUUGUGUUCACAUAUGCAGUUUCAGGUGUAAUCAUCAGAGCUGGUUAGUCAGGCAUUCCAGAUAGUGGUUCUUUUCAGAACCUUUUUUAAAGGGUUGGUUAACUACCUCAGUAGCAGAGGAUUGAACUAUACCCUGUCUGUACUGUACAUAGAAAAUCUUUGUAGAUAAAAGCAAGGCUUGUUAAAUGAUAUGAGGGUAAGAUUUUAAUAUACCAAAUGUAACAUUCUUAGUUGCCUUUAGUUUCAGAGGCUUGUAAGACUUCCUCAUGACCAUCAUAACAGGCCUUGCUUUUGUCGUAUUUUGUGGCUGAAAAAGCAGCCUUGCUUCUUCAGAUAUUGUAGUUAUUUGGAUGUAUAAUAGUUUAGCAAGAUGUUACUUUUGUAAGACAUCAGAUGUUCAAAAAAGUGCAUCCGAACUUGUACUAAAUACUGCAGUGUCCCUUUAUAAAAAAAAAAGUCAGACUAAAACUGACAAUUGUACAGCGAAGCCUGACAUUUGGAUAUUUUGAAGUUUUUCAUAAAUCAUAGAAAUUAGUAUAUGGCUGUAGUUUAGCUUUUUAGGUAAAAGGUAUGUUUCAUUAGUGCAUUUCUUAAUGCUGUUCACUACAAAAAUGUGAAUCAGCUUUCCAUUUCUUAUGCAGGUCAUGAUAACUUGUAGAAUAGAGAACAAUCAUUUGUGCUGUUUUUAAUUUUCUAAAGCACCUUGAUGACAGUGAGUGUUCAGUGGUGAAGCAUCCUCUAUUGAAAUACCCUCAAAAAUUUUUUUUGCCAAGUCCUAAAUUGAUAGCUUAAAGUCAAAAGUGGAAUUAUAGUUUAAUUUGGACUUGGUGUAAAGGAAUCCCUUUUCCCCUUCCCCAAAGGGAUACUGCAGUUAAUAUCAUACCCAGUAGGCACCACAAUGAAGAUCAGAGCUUAUUAUACUUAAGGUUUUAUACACACCAGUUCCCCCAGUAAAUGCAAAUUUAAUGAGAAAUUAGACAUGUCAUAUGUUCAAAAUGCUCAUGGCAAACAAUCAUUUUGCAUUCCUGCAAAUAAAAUUGUUUUAUACUGUAAGCUGGAGGCGAGUGUAACUUAUUUUUGUAAUAAAGUUUUUAUUUUUUUUAUGUGUCAUUAAUAUAAAUGUGUGUUAGUAUAGAAAUAUUCUGGUUUAAAAACUUAGAAUUGCACACAUUUCAGUAUGUUUAUUUGUAUUUACAUAAUUUUAGAAUAGUGGUUGCCAAUAGCCUGUAUGUUUCACAUUAAUUGAUUUUUUUGUUAUCUUAAUAAACCAUUUUAGUAUGUUGUAUGUCAGUUACUGGGAUAGCUGGGACAUUGAGUGUAAUUUAAAAUUUGUCAAUAAGUAUUCAUUGGAAUAUAUGUAAAUGUGCCUUGCCGGUUAUUGAACUUACCUACUAAAUGAGUAUGGGGUGACAAAAAUUAGUUCCUGGUGCUUAAUGAAACUUUCUGCCACUGAUUUUAUAUAUUACCCCGUGCUUUUUUAAAGUACAUCUCUCAAUCUUAGUGUAAGUUUGAGGGCUACACAAACAUUUACAUUUCAUUCUAACAUAAGUAUAAUAGGUUGUGGAAAGUGGGUAAACUAAAUGUAGCCUUCCGUACAAUUGAAUCUCAGUGUAAUCCUUGGUGCUGGCAUUAUCUUGUUCCAAGGAGUUAAAAUGAUCCCAUCAAAGAGGUCAUUGCCAUGCCAAUUGGCACUUUACUGUCAUAUCCUUUUUAAAGGGACACUGUCAAGGUGUUUAAGAUAAUUCUCAGAAUUUGUGGAAUUUUAGGAUGGGUUUGAUGUUAAGAACGGCAUUGUCAAAGAUUAAAGAUGAACAUUUUUGUGAGUUCACAAAUGUGUUCUAACAAACAAAAUACAGAGUUGUCGGGUUUGAGGUUAUUUGGCGUUAGUUUGGGUAUUUGGGAGGGAAAACUAAUUGAAAAAAUGAAGAAUUGAUGGGGAUCUAAAAGAUGAAAUACACACAUCCAAGUGAAAUUACUUGACAGUGUUCAUUGAAUAACUGAAUUCAAGCCAUUAUAAUUUUAAAAUUAAAUAUCAUUUGCACUGUUCUGAUAAUGGGUGCAGUUUUUGAGCAAUAUAAUCAGAGCUAAAUAUGCAUGUAGUGAUUAGUGAUGUGAAAAAUUAAGUUCUGAGAAGAAAUACUGGUAUUUUCAGACUUUAAAAUUACUUUAGUAAAUCAUCAAACUUACCAGAGAUCAAGGAAAACAGGCAAUGCAUAUAAACAUACUUUGAAUGUUGUGUGGCCUAUAAAGCAAUAAUGCAAUUUAUAUGGAAUGUCAUGGGAUAUGAGAAAUGGAAAUGCAAAAAUAACUAAUUCUUUAGUACAAAUGUCAACUUGUUAAAAGGGGAAUGUUAACUAAUGUAGGUUAUUGCUAUUUGUGAUUUGUUUAUGGGUUCUUGGCUUUGACAGCUUCAAAGAAUGGACAGAUGACAAAAGAAUUUUUGUGUAUAUUGUCAAGGAAGGGUCUUAAAUCCAUGAGUUAGGUCCCUUCCUUAGGGUGAAAAAUGUAUUCUUAAAACAUUUGAUUGUUAAAAAAACACCUGAGUUACCUACCCAAAACAGACGCAAGAUUUUGUUUCUGCAGACUACUUUGCAAUCAAAAGUGAUCAUCAGUUUAGUCAGCUGAUUUUCACAAAGUUGCUUUGUGAGAAAAUAGUGUUAAGUAUGUUCUCCCAAACUUGGUUUUUGUCAAAGGAAGAUGUUUAGCCAGUGCAACAGAAUCAGCUAUGAAUGAAAGGGGAAUUGAAUAGAAAAAAAAGUGAUUGCAUGCAUGGUGAUGGUUGUAGCACCAUGAGAAAUCUACAGAUUGCUGCAAGUCUCAACAAAGAUAUUUCCUUGUGAUAUGAUAGGAGCAACAUAGAAACGAACUGUUGGUGAUCUCCAGUAUUUCUGUGUAUAUAUUUGAAAAGACUUAAAAUCAGGGCAAAUAUGCCAGGAGGGCAAAGUUUACCACCUUUAUGACAGGUUUUUGACUUCUAAGCCAAAAGUCACUAAUAACAAAUACCACCUUAUUAUAGAGCCUGAUGUUUGGACUCUAUAUUAAGGGAAGAAACUUAACUGUAGAACAUAAUGUAAUUAGCAGAAGGGGAGCAAUCCCUAGAGUGAUUGUUUAGAUUCCUAAAAGAACACUAUCAUUACCUUUUUCACCCCAUUGAUGUAUGCCAUAAAAUGUUAUCUACCAUAGGAAUUCAGUGAAGGAGGAACUCCAGUAACAAUACAUAAAAAGAGAAGAUUUGGGGGUGGUAAAUUAAAUUGUAAUGCUAAAUAAUCAGUAAGCAAACCACUCAAUAGGGCAUGCCACUACUUUUAUUAAUAUGCUAAUUAUGAACUAAUGUUUAAAGAUAUUUUUAACUGGGCAAGUAGUGGAUGGACUUUAAAAAGACUCAUUUUUUAAAAAUUAAGAGUACAUAGGAUAUAAAAUAUAGUACUACAGGUCAGCCUUCAGUUACCUAAUUUUAAAGAUCAGAAGUGUUUCAUGGGAAAAACUAUAAAGUUCAGUAUUGUAACUGAUGCUCUGGUUCAAGAUUAGGCUUUUAAUGAUAACAGUAGUCUGGUGAGCAUUUAGAAGUCUGGCACUGAGAAACAAAAGCUUGUACCUGAUUAGUAUUUUUAUUUAAAAUAAUAUUUUAGACUAUUUAAAUUGUCUUACAUUUAUUUAUCCUUAGAAUUUAUUUAUUUCAUUCCUUCCAUCUCACUGGAAACUGUCUGCAGGCUCUUUGAUUUGGAUUAGAUGUGAAGUACUGUCUUUUGCCAAAAACCUCAAUUACUUGUUCUUUUCAACGUAGUGGGUUUGUGCUUGUUUGGAGAUCAGUUCAAAAACUAUUCUGUACUAUCUGUACUGCCUCUGAUGUUAAGAUUUUAUGUAUAGCAUAAGGAAGCUAGCUCUGACUAUAUUUUCCUAAGAAUAAAGACCUAUUUUUGUAGCAUGUCUUAGGA